AUGCUAUAUUCCUUACAGUUUAUGCUAUUGUCUUCUACGAUUAUUCUAUCAAUAACGGGAACUUCAGUAUUUAGGAAGAUGGUCAUAACGUCUAAGCAAUUUGCAUCAAUUCUUCUGAAAUAUUUCCCCAAGGGUGUGCCACCCCUGAUGGUGGCACUUUCAGGAGGUGUAGACUCCAUGUGUCUUGCAUAUCUUUUAUCACAACAUAAACGACUCUAUCAACCAGAUUUGAAUUUAAUAGCGGUUACGAUAGAUCACGGGUACCGUAAAGAAUCGGGAUUUGAAGCUCUCAAAGUACAAGAUAUAAUGAAGGCGUGGGGCGUUCGUCAUUCUAUUCAUAGAUUGGACUAUGGAGACUCUGUAGAUCCAUCCAAAAUCACAAACUUUGAAGAAGUUGCAAGAGAUAAAAGGUACGAAGUUUUUAGGGAUAUAUCACAAUCUUCAUCUAAUAGUGAUGUGCCCAUUAAUAACAUAUUUGUUGCUCACCAUUUCAAUGACCAAGUGGAAACUUAUUUACAGAGAUUGAAAAUGAACUCCACUCUUCUUGGACUACGAGGUUUAAAACCAAUCAAUAUACUCCCACAAGCCGUAGAGACGCCUUUGGAGCAACCAUUAGUCGUAGUCAGACCACUUCUUUCGUUUGAUAAACUGCAACUUGUUCUGACUUGUAAAGAAAAUAAUGUCCCCUGGUUUGAAGAUACCACAAAUUCAGAUCAUGACGUAACAACCCGGAACUUAAUCCGUCAUGUAAUUAAUAAUGUGGUACCAGAGAAAUCUAAACAAGAUCCCUCGCUUGAAGUGUUAUCAAAAUCAAAUCUUGAAAAGACUUACAAGAAAAUCGAAGAAAUUGAUGAUGCUAUCAUUGAUAGGGUACGUCGGUUACAAAAUAUGGACCUUCUCCUGAUAAAUAGAAAGCAGGCAACAAUGAAGUUUGUCAUUCCAUUUGAUGAAUUUGAAAACAAUAGUGACUUGGUAUUGAGUAGAUAUUUGUUUUCAAAUAUUCAACCUAUUCUGGCAGUUGUUUAUUACCAUUGGAAAUAUGCCAAGCUUGAAAGAGGAGCACUUCCUAGAAUCAGGAAGGUAUUUAAUGAGCUCCAACAUUCGUCACAAAUCUCCACCAAAUUGAAGUUCACCAAUCUUAAACUUGUGUUUGACAUUGUAAUGGACGGAAUCACUCGACAAGUGGUGAUACGGUUGCAUAGAUCUCCGUGGCAUGCAUACGAGGAUAAUUCUUUACGCGGGGUUGAAAUGAAUACAUGGGUUCUUUUCGACUUGAGAUAUUGGUUGAAGAUCAGCAAAGAGUCAGGUACUGAAAGUGUAGAUCCAACGUAUAUCGAAAUCGAGGCCUAUGACAAACUGAAGCAUAAAGCAGUUGUUCAUCAACAUUUUGACUUUUUCGAUUGGAAGAAUAGAAAAGUUUAUCACGAUCCAAUUAUUUUCAUCAACACUCCUGGAAAGGAAACUGAAGUUAUCCUCCCAACUUUGGGACUCUCUACAAACCCGUCAUACAAAGUUGACUUUCAACUUAAACAAAAUCUCUGCAAAAUUAUCUAA